UAUUCUCUUUACUCUGGGAAGGAGACGCGCAGGUUGAGGUGAUGCUAAAAACCACCGUGGUGACACUGGUUCACCCCAGUGAAGCUAUCACAGUGCUGCAAAGGCUGAACCAGGAACAUCCAGACAGGGUUUACUUCAAGAGCCUCUUCCGCUCAGGCUCAGAGUCUGAAACUACCACCUGUAAUGUAUGCCUGCCUCCAACCCAGCAGCCAUUAUGCAACUACACUGACCUUCAUACAGGUGAGCCGUGGUUCUGCUACAAACCAGAGAACCUGAGUUGUGAUGCCAGGAUCACACACGCUGUUGGAGGAUACGACUUAAACAUCACAUCCAUGGAGAAGAAGCUCUUUCAAAGAAAUGUCAACUUGAAAGUCUCCAUUCAAGCUUCAGGACCUGCCAGUGUCACUGUGUUACCAGAAAAGGCAGGGAAUGUUGAGUGAACACAAAAGAGACUGGACAGGAUGGAAAGCAGCUACAAGACAGAUUAGGGUUGGGUAUUACAGAUAACCACUGCGGAAUGAUCACACUUAUGAUCAUUAUCAUCAUGCAGAUUAAGAGAAGGUAAUGCAUGUCGACUUGCCAGAUUGUCAUCUGACAUGAAUGUCGUCCUUAUGUGUCAUUCUUUCUGUCGUCUGACUCUGCAGCAGUCAGUUGUCUCAUGGAGCUUUCAGGGUGUCCAUGGCAACUUGUAAAGCUGGAAAAUGUCAAGUGACCAAAUAUUUAAAAGACCUUUGUUUCUCAUUGUUAAAUAUUUUCCUUGAACAAAAACCAUGUAAGGCCACUACAGGGUGUAAAUAAUGAAUGUCAGACAUUAAAGUCCAGUCCAGUAAUGAUAUAUUGAUUUAUUUAGCGUUGAACACUUCUCUUCAUGGUCUUUUGUUCUCAUCUCGAGCCUCCACUCCACUAUAGCAAAACUGGAAAUAACAGGUAUUUUGUCUCACAAGUUGCCUCUGCUCAUUUGCUUCCUCAGUUUGAAUAGUGUGCACAGUGCACUGCCAGACUGUAGUCUGCAUUACUUCAGCUGAUUGUCACUUACUGAGUACAGCGAACAUUGUCCUCUCGCUAUCCUCUCUGACAAGAAAUUUCACAAAAACAACUGAAAUCUUUUGUAAAAUGGCUCUUUAUUAGUUCAUACACAAGAUGCUACAAAUAAUUUUCAGUUAAUGGCCAUGGAACAGCGAGUGAAAUUUAAAAUAACAGCCUUAAUGAGAAAUAGUAUCUACCUCUAUCUGAACAACUACAGAUUCAUGAAAAUCUGUGUUGUGAUAUGAACUGAAACAAGAAACAACCAAAACAAGGAAA